ACUAUAAACUUUGUCUUUCACGCUUAACGAGAUGAUCUAUAACCUCACAAAUAUCCUUGACUUAUUUUAGACCACAAAAUUUAAUAAUCUUUCUUUAUUUCUUAAAUAUCAUGCCUAGUCAUUAUUGUAGUUUCUUAUUCUUCAAUUUCAACCCGUAAGUAAUUUAGUGUUCAGGGAAAAAAGAAAACUUCAGGAGAAAGAAGGGAAAAAAAAGAAAAAAAAGCAAACCCUCCACCUCCUAAAUUAUAGACAAUCUCGCGCCAUAACUCUCCACUCGCGCCAUUAUUGUAGUUUCUUAUUCUCCAAUUUCAACCCACGAUCAGCAUAUCAGUACGUCCUUAUAUAUAAAUUUCAACUGAAAAUGAUCUCAAGCUACAACAUUUAUCUGCUGCUCUUGAAUACUAAGUUUCACUAUCCUUUCUUCAAACUGAUAUGGCACCGAGGGGAGGUGGACCAAGUAGAUAUUCUGGAAAAAGGAAUGCAAAUCCACUGCCAUCUUCUCCUAUGUUGACUCCCGCACCUAAUCAAACACCAGUAUCACCUGAAUCGUCGGCACCAGAAACGCCACAUUCAGUCGCAGCAGUCAAUGGAUUUGUACCAUCAUCAUCUUCUGAGCUUGAUACACCUAGAGAUGAAUUAGUAUCAACAAGUUCUUCAAACACAAUUGAUGGUACUCAUAUCCCAAUUGAAAUCGUCCUUGGAGGCCUGGAGCCGAGUAAUAACGUAUCUCGGGCAGUCACAAAAAUCUUCAAGGAGAAGCUGGAUCACGAAGGACAUAAUUGGAAGUCUGUUACACCAGAGACAAAGGACUUCUAUUGGGAGGAGUUUAAGAAACGAUUCCGAUGGGAUAUUGCAAUCGAAGGUGCCAUAAAGGAUGCGUUUAUGAGAAAAUGUGCAGAACGAUAUAAAGGUAUGUUAUCUGAAGCAAGAGCCUCUGAGAAGAAGCGCAAACAUAUCCCGGCAUCUAUUUGGGAUAGCUGGAAGCCUCAUUGGGAGACUGACGCUUUUAAAGCCAAGUCCGCACAAUGUUCAAAAAAUCGAUUAAGUGAGAAAGGUGGCGAAGGAUCUGGCCCCUCACGCCAUACAGGAGGCUCUAGAACUCACCGAGAACAUGCAAGACUACUGGGUCUAGAACUAAGAAGACCACCUCAUCCACAUGAGCUUCUGAAGAAGACACAUCUCAAGGCGAAUAAUGAGUUUGUGGACCAGAAGUCUAAGAGCACAUAUGAUGCCGUAAUGUCUAAGAUUGCAUCUGCAUCGCAGCCUGAAGAUGGAUCCGAUGAGCAUCUAACAGUUGAUUUCUCAAAAAUUUAUUUGGAUGAAGUUGGCGGGAUUAAGAAGAAGCGCAUUUAUGGUCUUGGUUCUCAAGCACCUCUUUAUGGACAUGUUGGCGCAUCCUCCGCUUCAACAUCUCGACAUCCAGAUCUAGACUUUGAUGCUCGGGUGAAUGAAUGUGUCGGACAACGUAUGCAAGAAAUGAAGGAAGAGAUGAAGAAUGAGAUGAGAGCAGAGAUCAGAGAAGAGAUUAGACAAGAAAUGGGAGAAGAAAUGCGUGAAGAAAUGAGAUCAGAAGUGCAGCAAGAGGUGACUGAGCAAGUUGAUCAAAUACUCCAAGCACGUAUGUCGCUCAUCAUAGCCGGCUUACCUACACCUCCUUCUCGUAGACGCGACUCUUCGUCAAAUAAUGACAAGAGUACUAUUUAGAUUUAUUUAGAGUCUUUUACGUUAAGACACACUUUGGAUUGUUUAUUAACUUUAUGAUGGAUGUUAUUGUUUCAAAAAUAGCUAUUUUUGUUUGUUUUAUUCACGUUUUUCAACUUCGAUGAAGGAUUACUUUACGCGCAUUCUCACAGUUUUGUUUAUGGUUGGAAUGAUUGGUGCAUAUUUGGUUGAAGUGGAUAGGCUUAGGAACCAUCAAGGGUAAUUUUGGUGACUUUGUUGCUAGUAUGCAGAAGGGGAAAAAUUUGAUGCUGCUUG